AUGGAGUAUCGUGACACUUCCCUGAAACUGGCAAAAAGUAAUGAGGACUUAAAGAAGCAGCAGUACAGGAUGGAGAGAGACACCAUGUCUGUGUUAAGCUACUUGAAGAAACAGGAUCAGGAGAAAGAUAACCUGGAACAGAAGUACACUGUGCAAAUAAGUGAGCUGGAGGGACAGUUCCAUAAAAAAGCCAAAGAAAUUGGCAUGAUUCAUACAGAACUGAAAACAAUAAGGAUAUUCCAGAAGAGAAAAAUCCAAGUGGAGAAAGAAUUAGAUGAUACAGCGUCUAGUCCCAGCACUGGCCCAGCAGCCACCUCCUCCACUUCCACCACCAACACUGCAGGGAAAGGCAGAGGCAAAAGUGGCUCCGGAGACUUGGCCAUGAAGCAAGUACAGAUCAGUAGCCUGGUGGUAUUAAAAAUAAUCAAGCACUAUCAAGAGGAAGGACAAGGAACUGAAGUUGUCAAGAAUGCUUUGGGCCUGGUUGCAGAAGAUCAUCUUGAAAUUGCCAACUGUCCUCCUUGCCCCCAGCAGGAGGAGGAUGCUGAUUUUGAUGCAGUCCAGUAUCAGAUGGAAAUGAUGAGAUGCUUUCAUCAUGUGAACAUUGAUCAUCCCACAUUCGAUGGAUCGUGUAUCACCCCGGCGAUCCUGGACUCGCAGUUCAGUUACCAGCGUGCUUGAGGAUCUCUCUCACCGAAGACAUACAGACUGACUCCUAAACUUGUGGAAGUUUGUAGAGAAAAUGAUUUUCUCCUGAAGUAUUGAAAAAGGCAACUAUCACCCUUUGAGCACAUGUUUGAAGACUCGCUGAUCAUAAUAAACUCACAUCUGAUUAACGUCCUAAUGUGGGAACUUGAGAAGAAGCCAGCUAUUGUGGAUAAACACGAAUUGCUCAACCUUGUGAGCAACAGUCAUUUGGAGAAGAAUGUACAGUUGCUGACGGACAGAGUGGUUGAAAUGAGCCAAGAUAUAGUUAAAUAUAACAUGUACAUGAGGAACACUCGGAGGCUGCAGAAACACAGUCCCAGCAUCCAGAGCCGGCUCCCUAAGGAGGACCUGUCCAAACUCUUCAAGCCCCCUCAGGGCACAGCCAGGAUGGUCUUGCUGCUUAUUGAAAGCCAGGUUAACAGGCAGAUCAUUAAGGAGUUCACUGCCCCCAACCUAGGCAAACUCUUCAUGACCCAAGCUUUUUUAAGAAUAUAA